AUGAAUAUUAAUCAAUGGAAAAAGCCUUCAUCAUCUUCGAUUAAUAAAAUAAUUAAACCUACUGUAUCAUCAUCAUCAUUGGAAUCAUCAUUUAAAAAAUUAUCAUCAUCAUCAUUGGAAUCGAAUAAGCAAAUUAAUGAAAUUUCAAUAGAAAAAAAGAAGGUAAAUAAACAACAACAGCAACAGACACUACCAUCAGAGAGUUGGGCACCUAUUCAAAUUGAUCAAUGUCUGAAUGGAAUGCAUGAACAUUCAGCACCUUGUUUACAUAAACACUACCUAAUGAAAAAUAAUCAAACUAAUAAUUAUACUAAUUUGGAAAGGGGAAUUGAAUUAAUUUAUCAUUCAUUUAAAAUUAAAGCUCCAAAGUUUUAUAAUAAUGAACAGAAAAUGGAAUGGAUGGAAAAAUCAAAGAGAAUUAAAAUGAUGAAAUGGGCACCUGAUUUGGAAUGGGCAAUUUAUUUUUCCACAAAUGGGCAAAUAUUGGUGUUUAAUAAUGUGUAUAUUGAUGCAAUUAUUGAUAGUGAUAAAUGGUCAGCAGGUUCAUGUAUGGGUGAUUCACAUUCACAUUUACCAUUUUUUAAAACGAAACCUUCCAUGAAAACCUUUAUUAGAAAGUAUAAUCAUUUGCCAAAUAAUUUAAGUUAUCUCAAAAAUCCUAAUGUUAAAGUGACUACUGGGCCUAAUGAUGUAAAAACUGUGGAAAUACAAUUAGAAGAGGAUUAUGAACGUUUGGAUACAGUAAUAUUAUGCACAUCACCUGAUUCGUAUAGUUUUCAACAUUUUCUUGAUAGAGUAACUGUAACUUGGAGUCAAGCUAUGAUUUAUCAACAAGAUGAGUCAUCUCCUAAUGGAUCAACAUCUAUUUUAUCAGGAUUGCAAUCAUACAAUCCAGUAAUCAAACAAUUUUAUUCAUUUAUGGUUGACAAACAUUAUCAUCAACAAUCUAUACAUGCUAAAAAGUUAAUCUAUUCAUGUAGAAGUCCACUCGUUCAUCCAUUCACUACCCAACGUGUUUAUGAUGAAAUGUUACGUAAAUUGAAUGCGAAAUUUACAAUUCCAUUCGAAAAGAGAAGAAAGAUAGUUUACUUUACAAGACAAGAUGCUGAUACAGUUAAUAUUGGAAGAAGAAUAAUUAAUGAAACACUUUUAAUCGAUUAUUUGAAUAAGGAAUUGAAAAAACGGGGAAGAAAUGAAGAAUUAAUCAUAUUCGAAAGCUAUGAUUAUCCAAAUUUACAAAGUCUAUUCAAACUUUUUAAUGAUACCAAAUUAAUAUUUGGUCCUCACGGUGCUACAUUUUAUAAUUCAAGAUUUGCACCAAAACAAUUAGCAGUUUUAGAAAUUCUACCAAGUGGUGGAUUUUAUUACAAUGGAUUUUGGGAACAAGCAAGUUUAUUAGAACAAACCUAUGGAGUUUAUUAUGCUGAUAAAGUAAAUAAGAAGAAUGACAUGAUUAUUAAUGAUAUUCCUAAUUUUACAAAAUAUUUAUUUGAUUUAAUUGAGGAAGCUCAGCAACGAAAACCUAAAGAUGUUUUACAAAAGUAUUAUUCGUGGAAUGUUAAUGUGUAA